GUGCAGGGGGCAUAGUGGGCCUCCAGAUGAUGAAAAUCUGAAGUAACGACAAAGAAGAAGUAGAAAAAGGAAGGAAUCACAGACACAUAACCAGAAGGAGUAAGAAUUCAAAGCUCACAAUCCUUUUCACAACCGCACACAAACACUUGACAUGGAUUUUAAGAUGAAGCUGUUGCUUGUUCUGGUCAUGCUGACUGCAUGUGCUGCAAGCCCUCGUGAUAUGUCAGAUAAAAUGUUCACCUUCGCACUGAAAAGCAAAAAUAAUCACGUGCAGCUGAUCACAUCACAAAAGUCUUUCAGCGCUCUAACUGUCUGUCUCAGAUCCAAGACAGACCUCAAGAGAGACCACGCGCUUUUCUCUUUGGCCACAUCUUCUUCUUCCAAUGCCUUCUUGAUUUUCUGGGACGGCGCUAAUAACCAGAUUCAGUCCGAAAUCAACGAUGACGUCUCUGACUUUACAAGGCUCAACUACCAGCCGAACAUGUGGCACUCUGUUUGUACCACAUGGGACUCUGAGUCUGGACUCGUGCAGCUUUGGUUUAAUGGACAACCUUUGGUGAGGAAAUCUUCCAGCAAUAGAACAAUCAGCGGGUCUCCUAUGAUCAUUUUGGGACAGGAGCAGGAUCACUAUGGUGCUGGGUUUGAUAUUGGCCAAUCUUUCAUGGGCAUGAUUUCUGACGUCCACAUGUGGGACUACGUCCUUCACAGCUGCGAUAUCCACGACUACGUUAACGAAUCUAACUUCCAUCCAGGAAAUGUACUGAACUGGAGGGCACUGGAGUUCACCAUCGAAGGCCACGUGCUGAUAGAAGAUAAAUUCCCGUCAUGCCAAGGGCUCUCCGUCUGAUGAUAUCUGUUAUGUAACAAUCGUAAAGUUCUGUCACCCAUCCAAGCUCCAGCUUCAAGAUAGAACAAAACUGACCAACCGAGAUUCUCUGCAAAUAAAUGAAAUCUAUUUCGGAAUAAUAACUCAUUGAUCUCUUGUUGUACUUGUCCUUUUGCUAUCACUUGCUGUGAUGUGUUUCAAUAAACAUGAGCUUUAUUGUGA